UUUUUCUUCACCGGUAUGGAGAAGGUUUUAUGUGAAGUACACGGAAACGUGUGCAUGUUAAAAACGGGAGUUAAAGAUGGACCAAAUAAAGGCAAAAGCUUCUACGUCUGCGUUGACAAGCAAGGCUGUGAUUUCAGUCAUCCAGCCAGCAUCACCCCCUCCCACUGCCUCCAUCAUGAAGAUUCAGUGGUGGAACUCCAAGCUCUCACCUUCAAUCAACAGCAACAGAACCACAAGUUGUUCUACCGGUGUAUGAUGGGUAAAAAAGCCGGCCAGAGAUGGUGUGGAAACGUUCCCUGGACUCCACCAGCAAAAGAAAAAAAAAACCCUCUAUCUGACACACAGAUACAGCCCUCCUGUCUGCCGCCUGUCCGAAACCCCUUUAAGGCCCCGGGUAAAACGGACGAGGAGUCAGAGUGGAGGAGGAUGCAGUGUGGUGGAGGCGAUGUGAAACGAAAGGAGGCCAAAGACACUGAGGCAAGUGGCAAAGGCGAAAGAAGAGAGAGUAACCAGAAAGAAAAUAUGAAGAGUGUAAGUGCAGGAGCGAAAGAAAAAGAAGAAGAGGAGGAGGAAGGGAAGUUGAGUGGAUCAGACAAAUACAGAGGCAAACAGCUUCCACCGGGGAUGAAAGUAAAGAAGAGAGUUUCGGAUGAAGAGAGAAAAGCUACCAGUGAGGAUGAUGCGGUGGAUAGGAUUAAAGAGAGCCACAACAAGCAGAGAGAUGCUGAAAAAACAAGUCUUACCUCUAGUGUUAAGGCUGCUCAUGCUGAGAAAAUCAAUCUCACCUCACAGGAGUCGACCCAGAAGCCAUCUACCUCUGAACCCUGUCAGGAUGAGAAAACUGACCCUACGCUAAAAGACAGUGUUUCUAAAUCUGCUCCCAGUAGCACUACCAAUACCAGACACUCUGCAUCUAACAAACCAACGCAACCAGGGUCCAGUCAAACCAAAAAUCACCAAGACAACAAGAAGAAAGAGGAUAAUGAUGAUGUAGUGCUGGUUUCAGUGAAGCCUGCCAUUCAGAAAACUCCUCCUAUUACUACCGUCCAAAAGACCCUCACCACCUUCCCAGGUUUCCAGCCAGCCUCUGAGGGCAAAGGUCUGGUGCCAAAUCCCAAAGGAAUGCACAGCCUGCUCACUGCACAGCUCCAACAGAAAAAGGCCACUCUGUCUGCGGUGAAUUUGGCAGCUCUGCCAGAUAAAGGGGAAAGGUUGAGGACUCAGGUCAAGGAGCUGGAGGAUGCGCUGGAGUCACUAAGCCUCACUGCUGCUUCUCAACCUGAGUCCCAGGAGGAUACAGGACAUAACGGCAGCAAUGCUCGUCCAGGUUCCAGCCAGGUCAACCCAUUCAGUCGGCAGGGGGGCACCAUCCUGCUCCCUGCACCCCCUGCUCCAGUACACUACUCGCAGCAGGCCUCCAGUAGCUCCCUGGGGCUCCAGCUUAGCCAAGGAUGCACCCAGACGUAUGGAGCAAACCCGCAGGGCAACACCUUCUACGGCGGCAGGAUGACCAAUGACCGUAUGCUGGCGGUGAAAAAUGCCACGAGCGAAGUCAUCGACCAUCUCCACAAAUCCCUGGAGACCUGCCCUGGCCCCGAGGCAGAGAUCCCAGACCCUAAAGGCAUCAAGGUGACGCUCCUGGCCCAUCAGAGGAGAGCUCUGGCUUGGCUUCUCUGGAGAGAGACCCAGACACCCUGUGGAGGGAUUUUGGCGGACGACAUGGGUCUAGGAAAGACGCUGACUAUGAUUUCUCUCAUGUUGGCCAAGAAGAUCCAGGCGAAAAAGGAAGAGAAGGAAGAAGAGAAAAAAGACGAGAAGAAGGAAGAGAAGGAGGCGAAGGGCUGGCUCUCUAAAACUGAUUCCAGCGCCGUGGCUUCUAAAGGCACUCUGAUCAUCUGUCCCGCCUCUCUGAUUCACCACUGGAAGAUGGAGGUGGAGAGACAUGUCAAGACGGGCAGGCUGUCGGUGUAUCUGUACCACGGCACCAACCGCGAGAGAAGUGCCAAAGUGCUGGCAGAUUAUGAUGUGGUGGUGACAACAUACAGUCUGGUCUCUAAGGAGAUCCCGGUCCUGAAGGAGGAGGCAGAGAGACCCAGCCAGGACACAGAUAAGGUGCCGUCACGCUCGGCUCCUCUCCUGAGAGUGUCCUGGGCCCGGGUGAUUCUUGACGAAGCCCACAACAUCAAGAACCCAAAAGUACAGACCUCCAUGGCGGUUUGCCAGCUGAGGGCCCGUGCACGCUGGGCAGUGACCGGCACUCCCAUCCAGAACAACCUGCUGGACAUGUACUCACUGCUCAAGUUUCUGCGUUGUGCUCCGUUUGAUGAGUACAAACUUUGGAAAGCGCAGGUGGACAACGGCUCCAAUAGAGGCAGAGAGAGACUCAACAUCCUGACGAGGAGCCUGCUGCUCCGACGGACCAAAGACCAGAAGGACUCCACUGGAAAACCACUGGUAUCUCUUCCUGAUCGGACCUGCGAGGUGCAUCAGCUCAAACUGUCUAAGGAUGAGCAGGCUGUGUAUGAUGUGGUCUUCGCCCAAUCCAGAUCUACUCUGCAGAACUACCUGAAGAGACAUGAAGAAAAAGACAUGGACCAUAGAAAGCCUUCCACCUCUAACCCCUUUGAGAAAGUAGCCAGUGAGUUCGGUAUGUCCCAGUCUGACCCCGCUGUGUCCAGUUCCCAGCAGCCCCAGCAGGCAUCCAGCACCGUUCACAUCCUGUCACUGCUGCUGCGCCUCCGACAGUGCUGCUGUCACCUAUCUCUCCUCAAGAAGACUCUAGACUCGACGGAGCUGCAGGGCGAUGGGAUUGUUUUAUCACUGGAGGAGCAGCUCAACGCUCUCUCGCUCUCCUCCAGCCCCUCCACAUCAGGGACUCAUCCCAAAGACACUGUGGCCCUUAACGGCACGCAGUUCUCCUCGCAUCUGUUUGAGAACAGCAGCGAGAGCACCAAGAUUUCUGCUAUUGUUUCUGAGCUGAGGGCAAUCAGACAGAAGAGCGAUGAUCAAAAAAGUGUGAUCGUGUCUCAGUGGACCAGCAUGCUGCAGAUCGUGGCGGUUCAUCUAAAGCAAAUGGGCCUGACAUACGCUGUUAUCGACGGGACGGUCAACCCCAAACGCCGCAUGGAACUGGUGGAAGAGUUCAACACUAAUCCUAAAGGACCACAGGUGAUGCUGGUCUCUCUAUGUGCUGGAGGGGUUGGGCUCAAUCUUAUUGGUGGGAAUCACCUCUUCCUCAUUGAUAUGCACUGGAACCCGGCAUUGGAGGAUCAAGCAUGUGACCGAAUCUACAGAGUUGGACAGAGUAAAGAUGUCACCAUCCACAGGUUUGUGUGUGAAGGCACAGUGGAGGACAAAAUUUCCACACUGCAGGCGAAGAAAAAGGAGUUGGCCCAAAACGUGCUGUCAGGAACAGGAAGCACUUUCUCCAAACUCUCCCUGGCUGAUCUCAGAAUCAUUUUUGGUGUUUGAGAUGGAGAAAACUGACCGCACUCACAGCUACACUACUAGAAAGCCAUACAUACAUACAUUCAAUCUGUCUAUGUC